UUCAAAAUGGAGGAAAGGCAAACAUUUUGGAGGGGAAUACAAAUAUAUCGAUUAAACCCAUUUUUACACGUCAUGCUCAAGUCAAAACAUCUCACGUUCACCGGAAAAUAAGGACAUUGUAGAUACAGAUUUCGAAUCGUCUGACUGAAAAGAUUAUGAAGUGAAAAUGAGCGUCUCAAUCGGUGACAAGAUUGAGGACUUCAAGGUCCUCACCUUGUUGGGUAAAGGCUCCUUUGCAUGUGUCUACAGAGCUAAAUCUGUAAACACAGGAUUGGAAGUGGCGAUCAAAAUGAUUGACAAGAAGGCCAUGCACAAAGCUGGUAUGGUGCAGAGAGUCAUUAAUGAGGUGGAGAUUCAGUGUCGGUUAAAGCAUCCAUCAGUUCUCGAGCUGUACAAUUACUUUGAGGACAGUAAUUAUGUGUACCUGGUUCUGGAGAUGUGUCACAAUGGGGAGAUGAGCCGCUACCUAAAGGAGAGGAAGAAUCCUUUUACUGAGGAAGAGGCGAGGCACUUCAUGCACCAGAUCGUAAAGGGCAUGCUGUACCUCCAUACUCAUGGGAUCAUGCACAGGGACCUGACCUUGACCAACCUCCUGCUCACCACCAGCAUGAACAUUAAAAUUGCAGACUUUGGUUUAGCCACCCAACUUAAGCUUCCCAGUGAGAAGCACUUCACCAUGUGUGGCACACCCAACUACAUUUCACCUGAAGUGGCCACGCGCAGCGCUCAUGGCCUGGAGUCAGACGUCUGGUCACUGGGCUGCAUGUUUUACGCAUUCCUUACAGGAAGACCUCCCUUUGACACAGACACUGUUAAACGCACUCUUAAUAAGGUGGUGCUGGGAGAGUAUCAGAUGCCCAUGCACAUAUCAGCAGAGGCUCAGGAACUAAUCCAGCAGCUGUUACAAAAGAACCCAGCCCUCAGACCGAGUCUUUCUGCAGUGCUGGACCACCCGUUUAUGACUCAAAGCGGGCCCACCGCCAGCAAAGACUCUGGCAGCAGUGACGGAGGCUCCAUCGACAGUGGAAUUGCCACAAUAUCCACAGCUUCCAAUGCAACCAACAACAGCAGCAGCAGUCGGCUACAGAGAAAAACCAGGCAGAUGAUUGGACAGCCGUUGCCCAGUCGUAUGGCGCCAAUCCCUAGCUACUCCCAUCAUUCCACCAGCUCCAGUUUUAAGAGUGGGCAGGACUGGCAGCCAAAUUCACAAGAUGAUUUAUCCAGGAUGGGCACUGGGAGAAUUCCCGUGGGUGCUGACAGCGGAAGGCCCCAUUCUCGCUACCUGAGACGAGCUCAUUCGUCAGAUCGAUCUGCUGUUGGGUACAGCCACAAUCCACAGGAGGCAGAGCUGGAAAGAUGCCACUCAGAAGAGAUGCUGUCAGGGGCUGGACGGUUAUUUCCACAGACCUCCGGCUAUAGAAAUGCACCACAUGGAUACUCGAAACACGACAGGCUUCCCUCUCCACCUGUAAAACAGCCUGCUAAUCCAGGAUCAUCAUUCUCUACAUCCACUCAUUCAAUGAGACAACAAAUGCCGGAUUCGCAUACACAGCCCUGGUUCAGCAAUGAUGGAGCGUUCAAGAGGCCGGCAGACGUGAGCAGUCACAGCAGCAGUGGGAGUUUCCACUCUGGACAAGGGCCAAUCGGGACACAAACCUCCUGCAGUGACAAACCCAGCGGCCUUCACUCUCUGCAGCAGCAGCAGCCUAUCCUCUUCAAGCACAACAACCCCGGGCCCUGCAGGGAAGAUGCAUUCGUAUCGGGACACAUGUCAAAACCUCAGGCCUACUCUGACGCACAGUUUCCAGGUCCACCGCUCUCCAAAGGCGAUCCAAACACAGAGAAGAAGGAGAAAGUGUGCCCUAAGAAGAGCUUCCCUCUUCUCUGUGCUGCCAGACUCAAGCCUAUUAGACAGAAGACUAAAAAUGCUGUGGUCAGCAUUUUGGGCACUGGAGAGGUGUGUAUGGAGCUGCUGAAAGGACAAGGAGCUCAGGAGAGAGUCAAAGAAGUACUUAGGAUAUCCUGUGAUGGAUCUAUGGUGACAGUGUACCAGCCCAAUGAAGGAAAGGGCUUCCCUGUGCUGGAUCAUCCACCCUCACCACCUGAAGACAUCCUCAUCUGCAGCUUUGACGAUUUACCAGAAAAAUACUGGAAGAAAUAUCAGUAUGCCACAAAGUUUGUGCAGCUGGUCAAAUCCAAGACUCCAAAAGUCACUUUAUACACCAAAUUUGCCAAGUGCAUGCUGAUGGAGAACACUCCUAAUCCAGACCUGGAGGUGUGCUUCUAUGACGGUGCAAAAACCCAUAAAACAAGUGAACAGGUGCGUGUGGUGGAGAAGAGCGGGAAGUCGUAUACAGUGAAGGGUGACGUUGGUCUGAGUGGACUCAAUCCUGAAUGCAGACUCUAUAUAGAGCUUUCUGAGGAGGGACAUCGAAUGUGUCUGUCUUUGGAAGCGGCCAUCACUGCUGAGGAGCAGCGCAGCGCUAAAAACACUCCAUUCUUUCCCAUUACCAUCGGCAGGAGACCUGUGAACCCAGCUCCUCCAGCUUCUGCUCCUUCAUCUUCAUCUUCCUGCCGUCCAGCAGCUCCAGCAGAGGUGGCUCACGUGUGUCUCAGUCCUCCGCAGCAUCCCCAAAUCACUCCAUCAAUGAUUUCCUAUGCGGGAUCAGACUUGACCACAGCCAGUUUGGCUACAGGCAGCUCUCCUGUCCACAAAGAUGAGCGCAACGUUAACUCUGGAAAAGUGCUCAAGUCCAUUUUUGUGCCCAACAUUGGCUGGGCCUCUCAGCUAACCACUGGCGAGGUUUGGGUUCAGUUUAAUGACGGGUCGCAGCUGAUGGUCCAAGUUGGCGUCUCUUGCAUCACUUUUACUUCCCCCGAAGGACACAUCACCAGGUAUAAAGAGAAUGAGAAGUUACCAGAGCUGGUGAAAGAGAAACUACACUGUCUGUCCAGCAUCCUGGGUCUCCUUGCCAAUCCCGCUGCCCGAUGCUGAGGAGCCGAAAAACAGAUAUUGAUGUGACCCCCAUGCGCAUCGCCUUCACAAGCACUUCAAAACGCUUCCCUUUUUACGUCAGAUUCUCAUGUCAUGUGCUUUGAGUCUUUGUAAAUACCUUUUUUAAAAAAAACCUUUGUACAUAUAGUCCCAAAGAUUAUGAAAAUUAUAUAUUUUUUAUGUUGUACAUAAUGGGUUUCCUGUCUUUGUGUUUAGAUUUUUGUACCCUGCUCUUUGAUGAAAUGUUAGCUCUGCAAACAUACAGGCAUUAAAACAUCUGCUGUACAUCUU